UUUCAUUUGUUUUUUUUUUUUUUUUCAAGUUGCCACACGGUGUUUCCGUCCGAAUAUCAAUGGAUCAGCGACCAUUGAGCUCCUUCUGCGUGAGCAAAGCACGAUGUAGUCCUUGUGAUAAACAUCAGAUGAUGUAGAUGCACGAACCCUAAGCCCUAUCAGGCGUCGAAUCGGGCAAUUGGUGCCCAAGUGGUCAGUCCGGGCGGCCGUAGCAGCUCCGCAACCAAUCAACCCGCACUGCUGACUAUUCGCCCGACCACGGGCCGAAGCGGCUUCAAACUCACCUCAAACCUCCAAACUCCCUCUGCUCCAAACGUCCUCACCUCCCUCCUCCGCCGUUAUAGCCCCAAUUCACCAGGACAAUGUUCCUCCAACGCACAGCCUUCGCCCUCGCGCGGCGCACUCCCGUCAGGGCCGUUGCUGCCCGCCCUUUCUCCUCCUCCGUCAUCCGCUCCAACAAGGCGAAGUAUGGCGUUGAGAAGGAUGGCAAGAUCCUUUCUUUCGAAGAGAUCAAGACCGAGGAGGACCUCGUCCCCCCCGGUGCUAAGUCCGGUACCGUUCCCUCCGACAUCGAGCAGGCCACUGGUCUCGAGCGUCUGGAACUUGUCGGAAAGAUGCAGGGCAUUGAUAUCUUCGACAUGAGGCCCCUCGAUGCCUCCCGGAAGGGAACUCUCGAGAACCCCAUCAUCGUCAACGGUGCCGGUGACGAGCAGUAUGCUGGUUGCACUGGUUUCCCCGCUGACUCCCACACCGUCAACUGGCUGACCGUCUCUCGUGACCGCCCCAUCGAGCGCUGCGGCGAGUGCGGCAACGUCGUCAAGCUGAACUACAUCGGACCCUUGGAGGAUGCCCAUGACCACGAUCACGGCCACGGUCACGGCCACCCCGCUCCUGAGGAGCCCAAGACUUUCGCCGACUACGUCAAGCCUGAGUACUGGUACCGGUAAAUCUUUGACACAAUAAUAGCGCAGUCAUGUUUUCGCCUCGCGGGGAAAAGAACACAGGAAUCAUGAAAAAGAGAGAAGGGGGGUGGCUGUAUCUUUGUGGAAUCCGGCAUUUGUCUCUUGUAGAAUAGUUGAGUGGAAAGAAGUGAUUGGUGUCUAAUUGAUUAUUAGUUUUCUUGCCCUUUUUUUUUCUGUCCAUAUAGUCUAAUAGGGCUAGCUCUACAACUCUCUCCAUGGUUAUCUGCUAGCGAGACAAAGAAUAAUAUCGGGUGGCAUGAUGCGGUAAGUC